AUGGCGGUCACAUCAAAAAGAAAAGCUCAAGCAUCAAGGAGAGCACGACCGGCCAUUACCCGAACUCAAGUCCACGCGGUAGACGAUUGUAAUGUUCAAACUUCUAAUCAAAUUUAUAAUGUUUGUGUGCUUUGUAAUGAGAUAGGGCACGCGGCUAAAAAUUGCAAAGGAGUGGAAGGGCAAUAUGAGGAGGUGAAUGCAUUGCAAGGGCAAGGCGGGGGUGGUAGAAAUUACAACAUGAAUUCCAAUACUUACCACCCCGGUUUACAAAAUCACCCGAACUUUAGAUACGGGAAUUCGUCAAAUCAAGCCAACCCGAACUUCCAAGGAAACCAAGGAUUUCAAAGGCAAUAUCAAAUGGGUCAAAGCUUUUCGGGUGGAAACGAAGUAAUGGAGAUGUUGAAGGCGAUGCAAAUUGAGAUGCAACGAAGGAAUCAGCUUGAUGAUGCUCGCAUUCAAAAAGACGAAAUCCGUGACAAAGCAAUUCAGUCGUUGACUACCCAAAUGAGUCAACUUGCGAGCGAUGUGGCAAUAUUGAAGAAAGUAAAAGGCCAACUACAAAGUGACAUGGUGACAAAUCCCAAAAACAUUAAAAGUGUUAAUAUCAAUGUCGUAAGUACCGUUCCUAAUAGUGAAUUCAAUGAAACAUUUUUAACAUCUUCUUGUCAAGUGAGUGCAGGUAUAGGAAGGGAUGCCGAGGUUGAAACAGACAAAGAGCAUGGAGCACCACUCGUGCCUAUUCAAGUGGGAAAAUUAAAAAUUCCUCAAGCAUUGUUGGACUACGGGGUGAGUAUGAGUGUGCUACCAGGCGAUCUAUACGAUAUGUAUGACUUUGGUCCGCUUCAAGAUAUAGACACCAUGGUGAGUUUGGCGGAUGAAAGUUGGAGGCGUCCACGGGGAAUGGUUAAGAAUGUUAUGAUUCGGUUGGGAGAAUUCGACUAUCUGGUGGAUUUUCUGGUUUUAGAUUAUGUUUCUACCAAAACGGCAUUACAACAAAGGGUAAUUUUAGGUCAACCGUUUCUUUAUACGACAAGUGCUCAAAUCAACUGUAGAGAGGAAUCAUUACUAUGA